AUGACGGCCUUCAACACACUAAAAAUGCUGCUCAUUUCUGAACCAAUUAUGAGAGCACCUGAUUGGAGCUUACCCUUUAAGCUUAUGUGUGACGCCAGUGACUUUGCCGUGGGAGCCGUUCUGGGUCAAAGGAUCAAUAAGAUACCUCAUGCCAUUUAUUAUGCCUCUAGAACAUUAAAUGAUGCCCAACUGAACUAUUCUACUACUGAUAAAGAAUUAUUAGCUGUCAUAUUUGCUUUGGAGAAGUUCAGAUUGAGGAGAGGUGGAUUCGGGUUUGAAACUCAAUUGUUGGUUUGGGUUGAGUUUGUGUUGGUUGAAGAUGAAGAAGAGUGGACCAUGGUUGAUGUGAUGAGUAACGAAAAUUUUAUGGAAGACAUUAUUGAAGAAGAAUUUGAAGAUGAUGUGGUUGAAUUAAAUCCAACAGAAGAGCCUUCUGGAAGUCAGUCCAAAAUACACAUAGAGAUGAAGCUGGAUGAACCAAAAGAAGUUACUCUAACAACGGAAAUCAGUACACCUGGAGCUAUUUCUAUUAAUAUUCCUUAA